UUUCUUCCUGUAGUCUCUGAUUGAAUCAGUCCAGUUUCAAUUAAAGAUAUGAUACGCACACCAGGAAGAACAGAAAAUGCAACAAUAGUCUGUAUAUUGCACCUCUGGAUUUACCGGGGACGUUUUUUUGUUCAUCGGCUUAUGUUCAAAAGGAUCCAAGAAGUCUGAGGACGUAAUUAACGUAGGCUACUUGUGCCGUGGUUCAAUACUGGGGAGCAUCAGAUUUUAACUGCACAGAGAUGCCUACGCUGAAUGUUGCCUAAGACAAAUAUUGUUUGGAUGAACGGUUCCUCGAUAUGUUUUGAUGGCAGGCCGACCGCUAUACGCACUUUAUUACCGGUAAUGGAAACAUGUUCAUGUGAAAAGCCUUGCGCACUGCAGUAAAAAAAAUAGGUCUGCGUUAUUAUAUUUUAAACAGCGAAUCAGAUUGUGAUAACGAAUCUGUGCUGUCUGGAGUAUUACCUAAUCAUUUACCAUUCGAUUCGGUAUAUCUUGUCCGACUGGGUAUAUUAAAUACACCGUACUUCUUUGCCUAUUGUAAAUGUAAGAAGCUUUCCACCAGUAGUGAGCCACUCACUCCUAGGUUACAGAUGAGAGGAAAACAAUACCAUCAACAACUGAAGUUGACGGCGCCUUGGGAGAAGGAUGCUGGCUACGGGAGAAAGCUUAAAACGUAUAGGAACCAUACCAAGAUAAUAGCCCAGCCCGGCAUCGUGAUGAAGGUACUACGCAGAAAGCGGAUUGUGUUGUUCAUAGCCUAUUUCCUACUGCUGGUGCUGACCAUGCUGAACUUGGCCAACUACAAAUGGACUAAAGAGCCCCAGCAGUGUAAUCAUCAGAUGAGAGGCACCACCUAUCAAGGCAGAUCAGACAUUCGGUUCCUCUACAGACCCUCUUUGGCCAAGAAAAGACAGUUGGUCUAUGUUCUUACCACAUGGAGGUCUGGAUCCUCCUUUUUCGGGGAGCUGUUCAACCAAAAUCCAGAAGUUUUCUUCCUGUAUGAACCAAUGUGGCACAUUUGGCAGAAGCUGUACCCAGGGGACGCUGUGUCUUUGCAGGGGGCAGCAAGAGAUAUGCUUAGCUCCUUAUACCGCUGUGAUCUCUCCGUGUUCCAGCUGUACAACAGCCCAGGUGGAAAGAACUUUACCUCCCUAGGGCUCUUUGGGGCCACCCUGAACAAAGUGGUGUGUUCCUACCCACUCUGCACUGCUUAUAGGAAAGACGUGGUGGGGAUGGUGGAUGACAAGGUGUGUAAAAAGUGCCCCCCUCAAAGCCUUAGACUACUCGAGGAGGAGUGCCUUAAAUACAGCACCAUUGUCAUUAAAGGUGUGCGCAUCCUAGAUGUUAAUGUUCUGGCCCCCCUCAUGGAGGACCCAUCUCUUGACGUGAAGGUAGUCCAUUUGGUGAGGGACCCCCGGGCCGUCGCCAACUCCAGGAUUAAGUCCAGACAUGGGCUGAUCCGGGAGAACCUGCAGGUGGUCCGGAGCCGGGACCCCAAGCUACGCAGGAUCCCUUUCGUAGACCCCAACCACAAGGCCAAUAAAAAGGACGGUUCGGACUACCACUCCAUCGGAGCCAUGGAGGUGAUCUGCGACCGCACCUCCCGGACCCUGAGGACCGCCUUAAACCCCCCCAGCUGGCUCAAAGGAAAGUACAUGGCUGUGCGUUAUGAGGACCUGGUUGAGAACCCUGUGAAGAUCCUGAGGAGCAUCUACCGCUUUGCCAACCUCACCACUAACCACGACAUUGAGUCAUUUGCUCUGAAUAUGACCAGUGGGUCCAGCUCGUCCUCAAAGCCAUUCAUAGUGUCCUCCAGGAAUGCCACACAGGCGGCCAGCGCGUGGAGAACAGUCCUCAGCAUCCAGCAGAUUAAACAGGUGGAGGACUACUGCCACCACUCCAUGGCCGUCCUGGGCUACGAGAGAGUCAGGACGGCCGGGGAAGCCAAGGACCUCAGUAAAUCAUUGUUGACUGUUUCCAAACUGUGACAGAAAAAAAUAAUUUCCUUUCCCCCCCUUUUUUUACCAAAGACAUUGAAUUAAUUGUUAAUUUUGAAUCUAGUGCCGUUCCGUUAAUCGUGGAAUUAAAAGGUUUUACUUUGAGUGUUUUUCAGCAAUUCCACUUCCAUGGCCACAUUGGAAUGUAUCUUGGUCUUAUUUUUCAGUUAAAUGGCAGACAGUGGUGUUUGACAGGACCACAACUUUUGUAUCUGGACAACUGGAUGUUUUGAAAAAUCAAGAAGGACUAUGAAAUAUGACUGAAAUAUUCCAACAGCAACCAACAAGCACUGUAUUAUCAUGAAAACACUUCAAAGUGGAUGUUUUGGAGGUUAUUUUGAAUGUUCCAAACUUGAAAAAAAUGUAUGGUUUUUCAGUAUCCCUUCUGUCUGUAUAAGUGAGAAAAAAAUAGUGAAUGAAAAAGGUAUUAUUUAAAAAAAACAAAAAAAGCUCAUUGAGCAGGUUAUGUUACAUGUCAGUAAAGUACUGGAUGGACACAGAGACAAUCAUUAAACUGGUCUAUUAGAACUA